AUGACAGCCACGACCACACCAGCCACAGGGGGGGCGGCAGGAGGGGCGGCAGGGGCGGCGGCAGGGGGGCCAAAAGAAGCCAAAGGGUGCCAGGGCCGCAGCUCCGAAAGAGGAGACAAGUGCCAGGACAUAAACGCCAACGAAAGACUCUGGGAUGGCGAUGAUGCAGGCGGCGACGGUGGUGGUGGUGGUGCUGCAGGUGGUGAUGAAAGGACGCCCACUCACCACAGCCACAGUGACAGGGUUAAAGAACGACACCAUCCCAGCAAGAGUCACCACCGCCUCGCGAGCAACCACAGCCGCCAAGAGAGACAUGGGGACAAGGCCGCUUACAAACUGGUGCCGCCCGACGGAGGCUGGGGCUGGAUGGUGGCACUGGGCACCUUCUUAAUCACGACGCUGCUGGUGAUGGUGUCACCCUGCUUCGGCGUCCUGUUCUCUGAGUACCUGCUGAACUCCGGCUCCUCCUCCACCACCACCGCCUGGAUCUUCAACUUGCAGUGCUUUCUGUGGAACGCCACCGCCCUCCUGACGCGGCCACUCACGCACGAGUUCGGGUGGCGCAUGGUGGGCAUGUGUGGCGCCGCAGUGGGCGCCACGGGGCUCAUGAUCUCCGCCUUUACCCCCAGCCCCGCCUUCCUCUUCUUCUCCUUCUCCUUGUUGACAGGUCUCGGCGGCGGCUUGGUGACCUGCCAGUGCUUCGUUAUCCUGCCGCUCUACUUCCAGCGGCGCCGCGGCCUCGCCAACGGCAUCAUGAUGAGCGGCAUCUGCAUGGGACAGUUAGUGGGGCCGCCCGUCGCCCGCUUCCUGCAGGCUUCCUACGGCUUCAAGGGCGCCACGCUCAUCAUCGGGGCCCUGCAGCUCAAUGCCUGCGUCGGCGCCUCCUUCUUCCACCCUCCCGAGUGGCACCAGAAGAAGGUGCUGGUGGAGGAGGAGCCGCAGGAGGACGCACCGGCCCUGCCCACCAAGGACAAGGCCGUCGGCCCGCCUGACCUGACCAACGGCCUGGUCCACUCGCCCUCUGAGGCGUCCUUCCCUGGCGGCGCCGCGGAAGGGGAGAUCGACGGCAGCCUUGCGGUAAAGGCCAGGCUUCUAUCGCGUCUUGAAGGGCGAAGGGCGAGCUGCUCCUCCUCUAGACGUUCGUCGAGGUACAACUCCACUUUGAGUCUUGCCUCCCUGGACGUGGGGAGCCUCGCAGCCCUGCCGAUGGAGGACGAGCCAAAAGAGGAGGAGGGCGACUUGGAGGGCCAGGGGGACAUCCUUCCAGUGAGGGUCGUGAGGUCACUUAUAGGGGACCUCGGUUCAGUGAAGUACAUGCGGGCGUGUAUCCUGUUUCUGGGCGCCACGAUGUGCAUUAACGGCUACCUCAACUUCCUAAUGAUGGUGCCCUUCGCCAUGGCGGAGGCCGGCCACUCCCCCGACACCGCGGCCUGGUCCAUCUCCGUGUGCGCGGGGUGCAACAUGGUGACGCGCUUCAUUGUCUCAACGCUCUCGGACUGGCCGCGCUUCAAGAGUUCGGUGGUGUACUCGAGUGCCUUCGCGCUCACCGCCUCCUGCAUGUUCGCCUUCACGUUCCUGUCCUCGGCGGAAGAGCUGAUGGCGGUCAUGGCGUUGUUCGGGUUCGGAGUCGGGUGCAACAUGGGACUCUACAACAUCGUCAUUAUGGAAGUGAUGGGCGUGGAGCGUCUCGCGCCUGUCUUCGGCACCACCUGCCUCUUCGUCGCCGUCGGGUUCAUCUGCAUUGGUCCAUUUAUAGGUUUCAUGAGGGACGUGACGCAGAGCUACGAUGUCAGCUUGCGUAUCACGGGCGGCAUGAUGCUGGUGGCGCUCACGGCCUGGCUCUUCAUGCCCCUCGCGAAGAAGGUGGACCGCCGCAGGGAGAAAGGCAAGACGCUGCUGGAGGCACUGAAGACUACAACAUCAUCAUCUAAAAGCACGAAGAGAGGUGGGGUGUGCACUGACAGUACAAAAAGAGAAGCCAUGACUGCAACAACCACAGUGGCAGAAGGUGCGGCAGGGGCAAAGGAGUGCCAGGAACACAGCACACGAAGAAGAGAUGAGUGCCAGGACACAUACAGCAAAGAAAUACACUGGAAUGACGAUGAAAACUGUUGUGGUGAUGGCGGCGCAAGAGGUGGUGAGGACAAGACACCCCAAAAACACCACCACCAUAGAAAGAGUCACCACCGCCUCUUGGACACCCACCGCCAGAAGAGCAGCGGGAACGAGGCCGCCUACAAGCUUGUGCCGCCCGACGGAGGCUGGGGCUGGAUGGUGGCACUGGGCACCUUCAUCAUUACGUCGCUGCUGCCGAUGCUGGGGCCCUGCUUCGGCGUCCUGUUCUCUGAGUACCUGCUGGGCGAAGGCUCCUCCUCCACGUUCACCGCAUGGAUCUUCAACGCGCAGGGCUUUCUCUGGAACACGAGUGGUUUUUUGACGCGGCCACUCACGCAGGAGUUCGGGUGGCGCAUCGUGGCCCUGACUGGCUCCGCGCUGGCUGCCUCGGGGCUCAUGAUCUCUGCCUUCACCCCAAGCCCCGCCUUCCUCUUCUUCUCUUUCUCCUUGUUGUCAGGGCUCGGCGGUGGCCUGGUGACCUGCCAGUGCUUCACCAUCCUGCCGCACUACUUUGCGCGGCGCCGAGGUCUCACCAACGGCAUCAUGAUGAGCGGCAUCUGCAUGGGACAGUUGGUGGGCCCACCCUUGGCCCGCUUCCUGCAGGCUUCCUACGGCUUCAGGGGCGCCACGCUCAUCAUCGGGGCCCUGCAGCUCAAUGCCUGCGUCGGCGCCUCCUUCUUCCACGCCCCCGAGUGGCACCAGAAGAAGGUGCUGGUGGAGGAGGAGCCGCAGGAGGACGCACCGGCCCUCCCCACCAAGGACAAGGCCGUCGGCCCGCCUGACCUGACCAACGGCCUGGUCCACUCGCCCUCUGAGGCAUCCUUCCCUGGCGGCGCCGCGGAAUGGGAGAUCGAUGGCAACCUUGCGGUAAGGGAGAAGCUUCUGGAGGGUCUUGGAAACCGAAGGGCGAGCUGGUCCUCCUCCAGGCGGUCGUCGAGGUACAACUCCAAGUUGAGUCUCUCCUUCAUAGACGUGGGAAGCCUCGCAGCCCUGCCUGUGGACGACGAGCCAGUAGAGGAGGUUGACAGGGCUGAGGGGCGGAGGGAUAUCCUUCCUGUGAGGGUCGUGAAGACAGUCAUAAGUGACCUCGGUGCUUUGAGAUCCCUGAGGGUGUGUCUCCUGUGCCUGGCCGACACGUUGGCUUACAAUGGCACCCUUAACUUCCUGAUGAUGGUGCCCUUCGCCAUGUUGGAGGCGGGCUUCUCCCUCGAUGCCGCGGCCUGGUGCCUCUCCGUGUCCGCGGGAUGCAACUUGGCGACGCGCUUCCUCGUCUGCGCCCUCUCCGACUGGCGGCACUCCAACAACAGACUUGUUUAUAUGUGCAGCUUCGUGAUCAUCGCCGCCCCAAUCCUCGCCUUCCCUCGCCUCAAGUCGGUGGACGGGCUGAUGGCGGCCAUGGUGGUGUUCGGGGUCGGCUUCGGGGCCAACAUGAGCCUCUUCAACAUCGUCAUUAUCGACGUGGUGGGCCUAGAGCACCUCGGCCCCGUCUUUGGCACCUCCUGUUUGUUUACAGCCGUUGGGUCCAUCUGCCUCGGUCUUUCUAUAGGCUUCAUGAGGGACGUGACGCAGAGCUACUCCGUCAGCAUGUCCAUCAUUGGCGGCAUGGUGCUAGUAGGGCUGUUAUGCUGGUUCUUCAUGGGGCUGGCGGAGAGGGUGGACCGCCGCAGGGAGGACGGCAAGGACACGUCAGGCAUCAUGAGGGACGUGACGCAGAGCUACUCCGUCAGCAUGUGGAUCAUUGGCGGCAUGGAGCUAGUAGGGUUCAUAGUAUGGUUAUUCAUGGACCUGGCGGAGAGGGUGGACCGCCGCAGGGAGGCCGCCUUCCCUCUCCUCAAGUCGGUGGACGGGCUGAUGGCGGCCAUGGUGGUGUUCGGGGUCGGCUUCGGGGCCAACAUGAGCCUCUUCAACAUCGUCAUUAUCGACGUGAUGGGCCUGGACCACCUCGGCCCCGUCUUUGGCACCUCCCUCCCGCCUCUACCCUCCCACUCAUGCCCUACCGCGCCCCUCCCAUUCCCCUCUCGCUUCAACCAUCCGUCCCUUCCAGCUCUUCCAUUCUCUCUGUAAAUCUUCACAUCACAUGUAACAGUUAGCUCAUGGUGAGUCUCCAAAGCCAACAAAGUAAUGAAGGGCAUCAGAUAGGGCCAAGACAUUCCUCACAUCCACCUGAUACGAGCCGAGGCAGG